UCCUUAGGCAGAUUGACAGAUGUCAUAUAGCAUUUUAUGCAUAAUAUGAGUUUGAUUAUUAAAUAUGCUUAUGGGUGAAUGUCCAUCUACACAUCGUACACCUGAGAUCCUUACCCACGUAACAUAGGUUGUGACCUAACCUACUCAAUCAUGACAUGACCUAUUGAUGCGGAACGCAUCACCUAUUCAUGGGCUCUUUGGGUUUAUAUGGCUUUGUGGUUAGAGCCAAGAGUUUUCCAUGGUGUAUUCCCUUUUCAAGACUCACACCUUGACCUUGAGGUGGCCAAUCUCUGUGUGUGUGUGUGUGAGAGAGAGAGUGAGAGAGAGAGAGAGAGAGAGUUGCGUCUCACUGGUGCAUGGGAUUCCCUAUCCUCAGGGGAUGCAGUCAUGCUUUGUACAUCCUCUGUACCUGGGAGCACAUUUAGUGUACUCCAUUACCCAUGCCUCCAGUCUUUGGUUAGGUCUUGUAAUGGCCAUCACUGUCAGAAUCAGCAGAGGCUGCCACUUGGCAAGCCCUCUUCUGUGCUGCGUUUCUAUACACCAGGAGGUCUUCUUCACCAUCAUGAAUGUAAUGAUUAUAGAGGCAGCAGAUGAGGUGAUUGGUAGUGUUGACACAGAUGAAUUAGCGAAGUACUUUUCUUUCAAAAGUGAUCCAGAAGAUGAGGGGGCUGAGAAAAUGAAGAAGAAGAUGGAGACAGCACGUGACCAAUUAGCGGAAGCUCUUUACCAAAAAGGAUUAGCUAUGGCAGAGAUUGAAUCCAUGAAGGUAAAGAUUUAUUUUCUAGUGUAAUGUCUAGUGUACGCUUUUUAAAUUCUGCGUAGAAGAAAUGGUGAUUUUAUGGCCCUAUCCUUGUCUUUAGGAGCCAUAGGGCCUCUAAAUGAAUGGAAAGAUGUCACCAACCCAAAGACAGUGGGUAACCAAUCCAAGACCAGGAGUCCCUACUAUUUAGGACAGUGGCUGGAUGCUGGAUGUCACCGACCUACUGUCUUUUUGUCCUUAGGCAGAUUCACUAACAUCCAAGUACCGUUCUUUUCUAGAGCAUUCAUCUCUUCCAUAACUGUUGAUUUCCAAUUAGGAUCAUCCAAGGCUUCCUUAAUAAUUCUAGGAACAAACAGGUUAGAUAUUUUUGAAGUAAAUGCUCUAUGACUUUUGGAAAGUUUGUCAUAAGAUAAAUAUUUCGCAAUGGAAUGUUGGGUACAUUUUCGAAUUCCUUUCCUAAUGGCUAGAGGAAGAUCACAAUCUGUGGGUAUAACAUUAGGUAAAACCGCUGAAGGAAAUGGAGAUGAAGUAGAGACAGAUGAUGGAGGAACCAGAUUAGGAAUACCCAAGGUUCUGAAAAGCGGCUGCGGUCGUCGUA